AUGGCCAUCAUCCGAGUUGCAGCAUGCCAUGUUUCUCCCAUCUUCCUCUCCGCGAAGGCUACGACCUCAAAGGCAAUCAACUUGAUCAAGCAGGCUGCGCAGAAUAAAGCAAAUCUAGUUGUGUUCCCAGAAACAUACAUCUCAGCGUUUCCAAUAUGGAGUUCAGUACGGCCUCCAACCGAGAACCACGAUCUUUUCAAGCAAAUGGCGCAUGAGUCGAUCUUUGCCGAUGGCGAUGAGAUCAAUGCCAUUCGGGACACCGCAAAACAGGCAAACAUCAUGGUCAGUAUGGGAUUUUCUGAAAAGGCUCGCUUCAGCAGCGCGACUUUAUACAACUCAGACCUCUUUAUCGGAAGUACUGGAGAGGUUAUGAUUCAUCAUCGAAAAUUAAUGCCUACAUUCUUUGAGAAGCUUACCUGGGCGCCUGGAGAUGGACACGGACUACGCGUUGCAGACACGCCGUAUGGAAAGAUUGGGAACUUGAUUUGUGGGGAGAAUACCAACCCUUUGGCUCGGUAUAGCCUCAUGGCUCAAGGAGAGAAUAUUCAUAUUUCAACUUGGCCACCAAUCUGGCCAACCCGAGUUGCUCCCCUAGGUGAAGCUUCAGGAUCUUCUGAGAGGCCUUCAGACAAGCCUAACUACGAUAACGUCACCGCAAACAGAACCAGAGCGGCUGCUCAUUGCUUCGAAGCCAAGUGUUUCGGCGUUCUGUGUUCAGGCGUCCUGGGAGACGAUGCCAUUCAAGCAGUUUCUGGAGGUUCAGCGUACUUGACUCAGGUGCUACAGCAGUCUCAACGUGGUGCGACACAGUUUCUGGACCCAACUGGCGCUCCUAUGAAGGGGUUCACUGUCGACGGUCAGACCGGGGAGGCUGUAGCAACCGACUUUCUGCAGCAUGACGAAGGAAUUCUGUACGCUGAUCUUGAUAUCGAGGAUUGCAUUGAGGGAAAGCAGUAUCAUGAUGUUGUUGGGGGAUAUCAGUGA